AUGAAGGGUUUGAUCGGCGGAAUCCCGGUGGCACUGCUCGCAGUUGCUGCCCAGGCCAGGUUUGCUGAACGUAACGAGCAUGACUUCCAUCCUCAGGCUGGUGGCACCGCCAUUGGUGGACCUUCUGGCAACAACGAGCAUGGCUUCCAUCCUCAGGGUGGUGGUACCGCCAUUGGUGGACCUUCUGGCGAUGAUAACGACGGUGGCUUCGUCAGCCCUUACUCCGCUAGUAUCAAGACCGAUACCAAGGUCGACGAGUGGAGCAAGGAUGACCACUCGAUCAAGCUGAAGCACACUGAUGUGUACCCUCGCCCUCCGGUGGUGCCUGUGCACUUUGGCCACCCAGGGGCGGAGCAUCCCCAGGCCCCUGGAGCGGGACCUUUUAGAAAGGAAAAGCGUGGUGCUCCAGGUGGAACUGCCAUCGGUGGCCCUUCCGGCAAUGAUGAGGGCCAGAGCUUCGAUAUGUCUGUGACUGGUGUCUUCAACACCGAGGUUGAAGAUGAAAACACGGAUGACCACUCCAUCGAUAUCAAGAACAAGCAUGUCCACCCUCCCCCUGACUUCAGUGGCGGCGACAAUCCUGGUGGCUUCGAGAAGCGCUUCGGGCCUCACGCUGGUGGCACUGCUAUUGGUGGCCCCUCUGGCAACGAUGGUGGCCAGAGCUUCAGUGCUCCCACUAACAUUGAGACUGACACUGAUGUCAGUGAGCACAACGAGGAUGACCACUCCAUCGGUCUGAAGCAUGAGGAUAUCUAUGCUCACCCCUUUGCUCCCUUCCGUCGCUCCGAGAACCUCGGCCCUGGUGGCCAUCCCGCUGGUCACUUUGAGCCUCACCCAGAGUCCCACUUUGAGCCUCACCCAGAGUCCCACUUCGAGCCUCACACCGAGUCGCACUAUCACCCCCACUCCGAACCUCACUACGAGCCUCACCCGGAGCCUCACUUUGAGAACCACCCCGAGCCCCACACAGAGAACCACCCGGAACCUCACUAUGAGCCUCACUACAGCCCUAGCUACGAGCCUCAUUACGAACCCCACACUACCGUAGACCAUGAGAUCACUUCAUUGAAGAACAACAACAACGGUCCUUCCGCUGGGAGCAUUGCAUUUGGUCGCCGUGGGGUCCCUGGCGGCCACGAGUCUCACUUCGAGCCUCACCCUGAGUCCCACUUCGAGCCUCACCCCGAGUCCCACUUCGAGCCUCACUCCGAGUCGCACUAUGAGCCUCACUCCGAGCCUCACUACGAGCCUCACCCGGAGCCUCACUUUGAGAACCACCCCGAGCCCCACACUGAGAACCACCCCGAGCCUCACUACGCUCCUCACUACAGCCCUAGCUACGAGCCCCACUACGAACCUCACACUACCCUAGAGCAGGAGAUCACUGCGUUGAAGAACAACAACAACGGUCCUUCCGCUGGGAGCAUUGCAUUUGGUCGCCGUGGGAUCCCUGGCGGCCAGGAGUCUCACUUCGAGCCUCACCCUGAGUCCCACUUCGAGCCUCACCCCGAGUCCCACUUCGAGCCUCACUCCGAGUCGCACUAUGAGCCUCACUCCGAGCCUCACUACGAGCCUCACCCGGAGCCUCACUUUGAGAACCACCCCGAGCCCCACACCGAGAACCACCCGGAACCUCACUACGCUCCUCACUACAGCCCUAGCUACAAGCCUCACUAUGAGCCCCACGCUACAUUCGAGUCCGAGCUCACUGAGUUGAAAAACAACAACAACGGACCGGCUGCUGGAAGCAUAGCCUUUGGACGCCGUGCGUACGCUCCGACCCCCGACCCCAGCUCUGCCGGCGGUACCGGUAUUGGGGGUCCUUCUGGGAACGACGGUGACGGUGCCUACUCGACUCCCACCGACAUUGAUGCGAGCAGCGAUGUGAACGAGCACAAUGAGGACAACCACGCUAUCAAGGGUGAGUUCACUCACGUCCACCCUGGCGGUCCUCCCGAGUACACCCGGGAGGAAACAGUUGAGGCCCCUCAGUGCGCUGUGCAGGCCCACGAGGUUGUUCACACAGUGACUAAGACUCAGUACCAUACUGCUGAGGCAACACAUGUGGCCUAUGAGUCCGCCCCGGCAGUCGAGCACAAUGCAAUCCCUAGCGACGCUCCCCACCAUCCCGCUGGAGCCGAUGCCUACGCUCCCUCCGCUCCCGCUCAUUCCGGCGCUGCUACUGUGUAUCCCCCGUACUCCCUCACCACCACGGAUGGCCUGAUCCCGGCCCAUGUUCCCAUGGCCACUUCCACACCCGACUCUAGCGCUGUCUACCCAGGCUGGGCCCAGCCCUCCGGCGAGGCUGACUCUUCCGCUAGCUUCCCCCAGCUUUCCACUGGAGCCGACCAAUAUGGCAGUUUCCCCCAGUCCUCCACUGGAGCCGAUCAAUAUGGCAGCUUCCCCCAGCCUUCCAGUGGAGCCGCAUACGGCAGCUUCCCACAGCCCUCCACCGGAUCAGCCCCAUACGGCAGCUUCCCCCAGCCUUCCACCGGAUCAGCCCCAUACGGCAGCUUCCCCCAGCCUUCCACCGGAUCAGCCCCAUACGGCAGCUUCCCCCAGCCUUCCACCGGGGCCGAUCCAUCCGGCAGCUCUCAGAAAUCCGUUGGGGCUGACCCCUACGCUAGCUUCCCACAGUCCUCCACUGGAGCCGCCCCGUACGGCAGUUUCCCCCAGCCUUCCAGUGGAGCCGCAUCUGGCAGCUACCCCCUGUACUCCUCCGGAGUCAAUUCCUACUCUGCCUCAGCUCCCGCUCCUUACGACUAUGCUUCCCAGUCUACGUCGUACUCGAAGAUCGCUGUUAAAGUGCCCGAGGCUACCCCUGCCUCGUACGGUGCCUUCUCCCAGCCUACUCCGUCCAACAGCAUCGGCCAGAUGAUCCCUAGUGGCGUCUCCGCCGAGCACAAGGCUUCUCCUUCUUCCUCUGCGUCGGCUUCUGUCUCUAAUGGAGUCAUGUUCGAAGGUGGCGCCCCUCGCCUGUCUGGCGGCCUUGUCUCCGCCGCCGUCGCCGUCAUGGGUGUCCUCGCCUUCAUCCUAUAG